AUGCCGGCCACGGCCUGGAAAGAGGUCGUCAUCGAUGGCAAGGUGAAGUUUAAGGUGCCAGCGCAUCUUGAACUCAUCAAGAAGGUGGGCUCAGGAGCUUACGGCACCGUCGCCUCCUUCCAGGAUCCGAAAAGCGGUACAAAGCUGGCAGUGAAGAAGAUCACGGAUGCCUUCCACGACCUAGUGGAUGGUAAGCGCAUCCUGCGAGAGGUCAAGCUGCUGCGAAGUUUCAGGCAUGACAAUAUCAUCAGCAUCCUGGACAUGUACCCGCCAGAACAUCCUGACUUCGAUGACAUCUACAUUGUAACGGACUUGAUGGAGACAGAUCUGCAUCGGGUCAUUUACUCAAAGCAGGUUUUGAACGACGAGCACCACCAGUACUUCUCCUACCAGAUCCUUCGUGGAUUGUUGUACCUCCACAGCGCGAACGUGGUGCACCGUGAUCUCAAGCCUGCCAACAUCCUGGUGAACAAGAACUGCGACCUCAAAAUUUGCGAUUUUGGUCUGGCUCGUGGACUCGGGAACGACGAGGACGACCCAACCCUGACAGACUAUGUGGUCACCAGGUGGUACAGAGCUCCGGAGGUGGUGUUGCUGGCAUCGGAGUACACCAAGUCCAUCGAUGUGUGGUCGGUCGGGUGCAUUCUUUGCGAGUUGAUCGGCCGCAAGCCUAUCUUCACUGGCAAGGACCACCUCGACCAAAUCAAGAAGAUCUUAGCAGUUGUGGGCACACCCUCGGAGGAAGACCUGGUCUGGCUGCCUCCUCGGAGCCCCGCCAGGAACUUCAUCAAGAAGGUCCCUCCCUGCACCAAGCAGAGCUGGAAAUCGGUCUAUCCCAAGGCGACAGAUGCGGGCAUCUUUGCAAUUGAGCGGAUGCUGACUUUCAACCCGACCAAGAGGGCGACGAUUCCAGAGUGCCUAGUGCUGCCGUAUUAUGAAACGCUUCACAUGCCUGACGACGAGCCAGUGGCCGAAAAUCCGGUCGAUUGGGGCUUCGACAAGUUCACGCCAACAAAGAGGUUGCUGCAGAACUACAUCUACGCCGAGUGCUGGAAGUUUCACCCGGAGAUCCAGCAGCGGGACGCCAAGUUGCUGGACGCGCGGGGCAUCACGGAGCUGCUAAAGUAG